AUGUCGUCUACAUCGACCACGCCACCUUAUAUCACCCAGCCAGGCGCAGUGCGCAAUGGCAUGAAGGUCCUUCAACCCGAUCCGACCGAGUAUCCAUGGUACCCAUAUCUUACGCAUUCGUGGGAGGACAAACCGCUCCGCGAUUACGAGGAGGAAUGCGCGAUUCGAAAGGCUUUCAAACCCUUCCACGAAUUGCCGGUGGUGUUUAAUCCUUGGGUCGAACCUAUGAAAUAUGAACCACCGACAUUCUACUUCGGCUGGCCUGUGGACCCAAAGAUCACGAAUGCCUUCGCCAUCAAGGAGAAUCUAGCCUGGUAUUGGAAGGAAGACGGCAUGGGUUCCACAUGGAAGGAUCAGGAUCUGGUCACUCCUAACGAUCACAUCCACGACAAAUGGACACAGGUGCAGGUGCAAGAAUUUUUCGAGGGCGUCUUGACGCUCGAAUAUGUGUACGACUCAUCAACACCUGGGAGCCGCCCAACCUUCUUCUGGUCCCUCCACUCGAACUAUACGCAUCCUCGCAUGCGUCCGUCGAAGAGGCAGAUUGCUAAGCUGCUGGAGGACUUUGGACAUCGAAAUACCCCUCAAUGGCAUUUGGACGCUGAUACGUAGUCGAUGAAAUAUUAUACGGUCCUAUGCCUAUGAGCCAUUGAGCGGUGAUAUUCGCUAAUGAAUAAUUGUACCCUGUACCAUCCGAGAGUGAAUGAACG